AUGUUUCUAAAACAUAUAACUAUCGCCAUGUAUACAUUUGUUUGGCACUUUGGUUAAAAAAAAAUAAUUGGACAUUUUUUUUCCAUAAUUAUUAUAUCUACAAUUUUUUCCUAUUUAAUUUCUAUAUAAUAUUUAAGAAAUAAUUCAAUAAAUGGAUAAAUUCGAAUCACAAUUCAUCGCUUAUGCAAAAUAUAGUAAAUCCAAGUCUGGUGGUAAACGUAUCACUCUAUCACAAAGUGAUAAAUGGAUGAGGCAGGCAGAAAUAUUUAAUGAUAAAAUCACUCAAGCUGAUACUGCACUACAUUUUAAUGAUCUACAUCGAGAAGCACUUGAUAUAGAAGACUAUAAGAAAUUCAUAAUUAACUUAGCAAAAGCAAAACAUUUGGAUCCUCAUGUAAUUCAAGAAAAAAUGAUAAAAUGUGGUCCUCCCAUUGAAGAUAGAUCGAGAGUAGAAUCGGUUGUUUUGGAAAAGAUAGAAGAUCCAUCUGGAUAUAUCUAAUUUAUUAAGAUAAUUUAUUAAGAUAAUUUAUUAAGAUAAAUUAUUAAGAUGAAAAUAUGUAUAAAUAAAAGAAGAUAUUGUAAAGGAACAUACACAUUAUUGACAAAAUAAUAAGGUAACAAACUAUAAAUAAUUAUAUCAAUAUUAUGAUUGUUAAUCAAUUGACAAAUUAAAGGAAAUAUCAAAUUUAAUAACUUUUUUUUUGUUUUAAUUCAAUUAUUUGAUUAUUUGCUUUCUACUUAUUGCAAUAUAUAAAUAAUAAUUAUCAUAUGUAUACAUAUGUAUGUAUGAUUAAGAAAAUACCAACCAUACACUAAGAUAUUAUUUGUGGUUCAAACAAAAAAAGUAUGCUAC